AAGUAUCAGGUAGCUGGACCAGAAAUGUCCUACGUCCUCUUCUGCUCUCCUGGCCGCAAACCUCCCAGGGACUGAGCUCCCCACCUGGGGGCACAGGUAGAGUGAGAAGGAUGUUUGGAUACGGGGAUGGAUCCCCGGUUUGGGGAGGGCUUCAGCCUGAGGCCACUCCACCCAAGCCCUUGGCCCUGUUCUGUUCUGUUCUGUUCUGCCAGGUUCGUUGGGGGUUGACAGCUUUAUCUUUGCCUUGUGACGAGUGGCCUGUGGUUUUCCUGCCAACAGCUUCUGUUUCCGGAGGCUCAGCAGGGCUGAGGCGGAGCCAGGAGGGGCAGUGGGGCUGGGCCUGGGUGGCCCCACUAGCCCCGCCCCCAUCCAUCUUUGGGAAUUUAUUUGUCCACAGACAGGGCUGGCCCACAGUCCAUUGCCUGCCAGGGGCCAAGAGCUGCUCUGACCACCCAAGGAUUCUCCUUCUCAAUCCAAAUGCCUCCAACUAACCCCUGACUCCUGACCUCUGGCCCCAAGCUGCCUUGCCCUACCCUUCCUAAGGGACCAGGAAACCCCUAGAAGCUCCACUGUAGACGUGGGCGUUGACGCUGGUCUUACCUCAAGAGCAAAGGCUGUGCAAGGCGCUCAGUUCUCAGCCCCUAGCCUGGCCCACCAUGGCACAGAGGCUCCAGGAUGAGCUGUCUGCUUUCUUCUUUGAGUAUGACACUCCCCGAAUGGUGCUUGUGCGCAACAAGAAGGUGGGCGUCGUCUUCCGCCUGAUCCAGUUCGUGGUUCUGGUCUACGUCAUCGGGUGGGUGUUUGUCUACGAGAAAGGCUACCAGACCUCAAGUGGCCUCAUCAGCAGCGUGUCUGUGAAACUCAAGGGUCUGGCCGUGACACAGCUCCCAGGCCUGGGCCCCCAAGUCUGGGAUGUAGCUGACUACGUCUUCCCAGCCCAGGGGGACAGCUCCUUUGUGAUCAUGACGAAUUUCAUUGCAACCCCCCGGCAGGUUCAAGGCUACUGUGCAGAGCACCCGGAAGGGGGCAUAUGCACAAAUGACACUGGCUGCACCCCAGGGAAGGCAGAAAGGAAGGCCCAAGGUAUCCGCACAGGCAAGUGUGUGGCCUUCAACGACACUGUGCAGACAUGUGAGAUCUUUGGCUGGUGUCCCGUGGAGGUGGACGACAACGUCCCACGGCGCAACCUGGUGGAAGAGGUGGAUGCGGCCUACAUGAGGACCUGCCUCUAUCACAAGGCCUUGCACCCACUGUGCCCCGUCUUCAAGCUUGGCUAUGUGGUACAAGAGUCAGGACAGAAUUUUAGCACCCUGGCUGAAAAGGGCGGCGUGGUAGGCAUCACCAUUGACUGGAACUGUGACCUGGACUGGCGGAUACAGCACUGCAAGCCCAUCUACGAGUUCCACGGACUGUAUGAGGAGAAAAACCUGUCUCCAGGCUUCAAUUUCAGGUUCGCCAGGCACUUCGUGGAAAACGGGACCAACCACCGGCACCUCUUCAAGGUGUUUGGGAUUCGCUUUGACAUUCUUGUGGAUGGCAAGGCUGGGAAGUUUGACAUCAUCCCCACAAUGACGACCAUCGGCUCUGGGAUUGGCAUCUUUGGAGUGGCCACGGUUCUCUGUGACCUGCUGCUGCUCCACAUCCUGCCCAAGAGGCACUACUACAAGCAGAAGAAGUUCAAGUAUGCGGAGGACAUGGGGCCGGGGGCGGGGGAGCAUGACCCCGCGGCCACCAGCUCCACCCUGGGCCUGCAGGACAACAUGAAGACAUCCUGACCCUCGGCCCCUGACUCCUAACCGGACACAGCAUGACACUUCAGGCGGGGGCCCUGGUGGGGUCCCAGCCAGGACACAGAGGUCUCCUCAGGAGCUCUCCAACCUCUUAGCCAGGCAGACACUAGGUUGCCUGCGGCUCAGCGUGGACACUGGGAGAGACCUGUGCAAUUCUGGGCUCUGGCCCCAACUCCACAACCUCCAAGGGAGCUUCACCCAGCCUCAGCCGCUCCUGGUCUAGAGCAGCUGGGGCUGGGCAAGGCUCCUCUCACACUCCUGUGUCAGAGAAGUGUGCUUUUCUCUCUGGGCCCUCACGCUACCCCACUGCCUCACGUCUCUAGAUCCAUGCUUUCCCAUAUGGCAGACACUAGCCAUGAUGACAAUUUAAAUUUAUAUUAACUUAAAUUGAAUAAAAUACAAAAUUCAUUUCCUAAAACUAGCCACAUCACAACUGCUAAAUAGACACAUGUGUCUAGCGGCUGCCAUAUUGAACCACAUAGAAUAUUGCAGAAAGUUCCAUUGGACAGCUCUGCAUAAGCCCCAUUUCUUACUGGCCCCAGAUUUUCCUAGGGAGCUUAUCGACAGUGCAGGCACCUGGGGCCACCUCAGACCUCCUCAACCGGAAUCUGUAGGGCUGGCCACAGAUCUGUAAGGAUGGAAAACUCCAGACCAUUUUCAGGAUAUAAGUUCAAGAACUGCCUCUGAUUAGGUAUCAGAUUCAGCCUGGGCCUGCAUGGCCUCACAGAUGCAGGUACUGAGCAGGUGUGCGGUGUGUUUAUAAGCCACGUGGUGUCUCACAUACACACCCCCAUACACACACUCAUCCACAUGCACACCCCCUUCCCAUCCACACUCUGUUUUUGAACAGCUAGAGCCCUGCAAACACAACCAUCUAAACAUACCUAUGCCCUCGAGUACAGACACAUGGUCCAUGCCACAGCACCUCCAUGGGGAUAUGCUUCUCCCCAAGUGUGUCAGGCUCAGACCGUCCCUUCUAGCCAUGAAUCCUUACUCAGCUACCUCGGGUUGGGGUGGAGACCUGGCCAAAUCCUGGGCUUCCUACUCCUGUCCCAGCCUCAGCGCCUAAGGCCUGCCCAGUUCUGUUUGAACACAAGGUCUGGGGAAAGUGAGGGGCGGAGUACAAUAAAAGGAAUGAGGACAAA